AACUAUCAUAAACAUGGCGGAACAGGAGGAGGAGGGUUCUAGCGAAAGGUGGGUGGAAGAAUGCCACAAUUUAUUAAUGGCAUUAAAAUCUACCAUAGAGGGUAUUUUGGCUAUGCAGUCAAGUAAUGUUUGGAGCACUUAUGGAGGCUUUAAGAGAGUGUGUGGACAGAUGGAAUCAGUUCUCAGCCAUAGGAUAAAACAUUCACAGAUGCAUUCUCCUUCGGAUGGAGUAUUCUGGUCAUUCAUUCGUGGUCUCAAGUGGCUACGCCCUGGAAUGACUUCAACGCUGGAGCAAGUGAGACGGGCAGCACGAUCAGGAAACCACAGUGGCCUAGGACAGUUGUGGCUGCAUGAGAGUCUUCAGAACCAUACUCUCUCAUCCCAGCUGGCCAUACUUGCCAGUGAUCCAGAGCAUCUUCGGUAUCAUUAUCAUGAUGGUGCAUUUUUGAGGAAUAGUGAUUUUGUUCAAGCUAUGUUGAUAUGUCUGAGAGCUGUAGAACUAAACAAGGUGGCUGUUUUGGCUGACAUUGACCCCAAAAUUUUACAAAAGCGGACAAAAUCCAUCCAUUAUCACAACAGUCCAUCAACAUCACCUAGUGUCAUGUCUGUGGAUGAUCUCUAUGCAGACAUACAGUCUGUUCCAGUAAUGCAUCCAGCAUACUCUAUCUCACGGGGCACCGAAACUUUGUCUCCACCAAGACCAGAUGUGAUGUUUAGCAUAUCUGGGGACCAUUCUGGGGGUGCAGGUGCAGAAUCAACUCAUUCAGCUGAAGUCAGUGUGCCAUCAUGCACCAUGCCUAGUGCAGAUCGCUAUACUACAUCUCCUACAUUAAAUGUUUUCAUCUCUUCUUCUCCUAACACAAUCAGCUUAUAUGACCAUACACUUGUUGAUCCACUCAGUUCGAUCUACAGCACAUCACCUCCUCUCAUUGAGGAACAUCCACCUGUGUUUCACAACAUUCAGGACCACCCCCAGUCCCAAUCUAGGCUGGGUCAGCACAGAGAAACUUUGCGAAAGUGUCUUUCUGAGAGUUAUGCCAGUGACAGUUUUCAGCAGUAUCAUUUGACUGGCUGCAAAGAGGUUUAUAUACCUCCAACAGAUACUUCUGGUGAUAAUAAUGAAAAGAAUGUGAGGUCCAACCCAAGGCUAGGAACUUCAAAUGGUGCAGUAAGUGCUGGAGUCAAACACAGUGUUGAAGUUGCUUCCAUCUACAAACUUGGGCACAAACGAUCACAGUCGGACUUUGGUGUUGGUGCGGCAUCAGCCAGAAACAGUGACUUUGCACCGAGUCCAGAUCUUGGAAAUGGGGCGGAACCAUCAGAAGGCAAGACAGCAGAAUCAGCUGCCUCAUCAGCUGCAGGGAAGACUUCACAGAGAACAAGUCAAGCAUCUAUUCCUGGUCUUCAUCGAAGGGACAGCUUUUUCCAGCCUCCAGCCAAGGGGCAGAGUUUGGUAUCAUACUUGUCAGAACAAGAUUUUAACUGCUGUGCCACUUUGGAAACGGAGAAUGCACACUUCACAAUUGCUGACAUACUGAUCAGCGUUUUUGAACAAAUGAAGUGGGAAAACACUUUGAAGCGACAGUCACUCAUGGACACUGUGUCAGAUGAGGAGGAAUCAGAUGAUGAAAUUGCUGAACUGAAACAAAGGAUUCGCAUUAGGAGGAGAGAGCGUUUAGUAGAGAAAUCCAAACGGUUCUCUGCCAACAGUGAUGGCAUGAAUGACACCAACACAGGCAGUAGUCAGGCCGCCUCUUCUCCCUUCAGCUCUCAUGAUUUCUCCUCAUUAUCAGGUAGCAGCGACAGUGAGGAACUGGAUAGUGAGCUUGAGUUGACUUUUUCGGGUAACGAGCCAUCUAACCUGGCGUUGUUAAAAAUCUCAGGACUGUCCCUGUCCAUGGCUUCACUUUACUCAGCUGCAGACUUGCAGAAGAGAGGAAAGUCUCCAGAGCCUACAGGAUUAGACCAACAAGGCUCAACAGAAAAAUCCAAUUUCUCAGCUGAAGCCAUUGCAUUAUCACUGUUGAGCCAGUUCUCUGAGAAGCGACUUCCUAAGGCUUCAGAACUGGAUUGGCUGGUGUCAGAAAAAGAUGUACCACAGGCACUACUGCCCUUACCUAACUCUUAUCCCAUCUCACCAGAUGACGGGGAGAAUGCUGACCUCAUGCAGACAGCUUACCAGACAAAACUUCGAGGUAAUUUGGAGUGGGCCCCACCACGAGCUCAAAUCAUCUUUACGGUCCAUUCCCAGGAAAAACGAAGUGUUGUGCUAAGUCGACAGAACAUGAGGUGUGCAGGGUGCGGUGCUAAAACAGAACCAGGUUUUGUCAAAAGAUUACGGUACUGCGAGUAUAUGGGGAAGUACUUUUGCCAGUGUUGUCAUAGCAACAGCAUGGAGGUGAUACCAGGCCGUAUCAUCAUGCGAUGGGAUUUUACACAGUACUAUGUCUCAAAUUUUGCUCGAGAUGUGUUACAAAAAAUUCACCAGCAACCUCUUUUUCACGUGGAAGCAAUCAAUCCAGCUUUGUAUCGGAAAGUUCGUUUGCUAGACACUGUCCGUGACCUGCGUCGACAGUUGGGUCAUCUGAUUGUAUUUCUCAACAUCUGCAGGCGAAGCACAAAGCUUUUGGAAGAGAUGACAUCACUUCGCAGACAUUGGGCAGAGGAUGACGACAUUUACUCUGUAGAAGAUUUUCUCAUGGUUCGCAGUGGAGAGAUGGUGGCACAGCUUAAGCAGUUUGUGUCAGAAGCAAUCAGCCAUGUGGAAGGGUGUCAGCUUUGUCAAGGUUUGGGCUUCAUCUGUGAGUUGUGUCAGGAUCAAGGAGUAAUCUUUCCCUUCCAGCUAGGCCGAGUCACCUUGUGUCCAGUUUGUCAAGCAUGCUUCCAUCGAUCCUGUUUCAUACCUGGCAAGUGUCCAAAAUGCAGCCGGAUGGAGAUAAGGAGAAAACGGCAGACUCAGAUUUCCCCCAGCACAGAAACUCCCCCUUCAGAACACAGCAACAUCAAGGAACAGAAGGAGGAGGUUGCAGCAUCAUCUUGACGAAAGCUGAAGCACUUGACAAGACACAAAACUUGUUUUGGACAGCGACUAGUUUCUGCUUUAAGAAACGCAAAGUGUCGGCCUGUUUUAUACAUAAUGGCAAAAUCAUAAGUCUUUGUUAGUUGCAGGUAUAGUAUUCAAAUGACAAGAACUUAAAGACAAUCUGUUUGUUAUGAAUACCUCUCCUCAGCUUUGAACUGUCAUACUGUACAAAUUAAAAAUGAGUUGCUUGUAGACAUGCCAUCAAUACCUAACAAUGUUGGUGUUGAAAUAUUACUGAAAUCUCAAGCAGUAUCCUAAUAAUUGUCUUCUGUGGAGAAAGAGUUCUACAACAACAAAUUCAGCGGCAUUUUAGGAUUGUAAGUCUAGCAGUGAGGCUCUAAGUAUUCCUGAUUAGGAAAAAAAGUCUGUCACCUAUUGCAAAAUUAUUGUUAGAAGUAUACAACUUGUUUGUUUCUAUUUUUUUAAGCGCUAUUGCUUUCUAGAGCAACAUCUAGUGCAUAAUACAGUUGGUUGGCUUAGAUGCUACUAGGGUCGCAAUAUUUUGAUCAUAAACACUGUUUGAAUCUGUCCCAUUUUGGCAUGCCCUGAAGAAUUUUUGUCUUUGACAUUGUUCAUUGUCAGAUUGAAUCUGGUGAAUGUGUGCAAAUAAUCUUGCAUACAGCACUAGAGAGAUCCAUGCAGUUUUCAUCCUAUUCUGCUGGGGCUACCUGUACUGUUUGAGUGGAGCAGCUGUAGUAUACCUUUUAGUAGGCUGCUUGCAAGAAUUUGAAUGAAUAAUAUUUAUGGUGUCGUGAACAAAUAUAACUUUUCCUUACCACAUCUUCAUUUACGGCUGGCUGCUUUGCCCUCACAAAGUCUUGCUGGUCAAAUAUCAAAACUCCACCCUUCUUCCUUAACAAAAUAAAGAAUCCAGUGUUAUCAGUCCCUAUUUAUCAGAUGGUCCUUUUUUAUUUUUUGAAAUUUGUUCACCAUGGUGGAUCUUAAGAAACUACUUAAAUGCUGUUUAUUUUGCCAUUUGUGACUGGGGGAACAACUGGAAAUUUUGAAGUAAAAGGUGACAAAAAUACCCUUUCUGCUCAAAUCCUAAGGUGUGAAGAACAUUUCAUCCUGUUUUACAUGCUAAUCAAAAUCUUGGGUUACGAUGCCAAGAUUUGUUUGCUUGUUAUUUAUUGGAAUCUAUUCCAAGUCAAAAGGAAUGCUCACGGAACCCACAAAUGUGCAUAUUGGGUUGUGGACUUCUAAGACAGUCAUGUGGAUUUUGGAGUCAAGCUCCUAGAAUUUGUGCAUUUCCUCCAGACUUGUGAAAAACUGUUCAUUUGAGAAAUCACUUAAGUUCUUUCAUUGCGAUGGAUAUGUGAAUUUGCUGUCCAAUACCACUGCAUAAAGAUACAUUUUAAAGGAGGAAAAAGUAUCUUCUGAACUAUAUGCAUGCUGCUUUAUGCCUGAAAUGUGACAGUUUUGGUUAAGAUUAUAGUAGGUCAUGAGUCUUAAACCCUGUCUCUUCGAAGCUUUUUACUUUCUAAAUAAAUGGGUCUGCCAUAAAGAUAGUUUGUGAAAUUCUGAAAUGAAACUUUUAAAAAAAGGUCUUUUUGUUUUUGUGAAAGUUCUUAAUUGGAAGAAAAUAUUUUUUAAAGUUUUUAAAUGCGAAAGAAAAGAAAUUUCUUGAAUUAAGGGCACUAAAAGUUUUGCCAGUGUAUAAAAUGUAUCAUGCUAUAUAGAAAGCUUGUGAGAUUGAAUUCGCUGUCUCAUGAGGACAUGGCUGUGUUGUAAGAAGUCUCCAAUAUUUGGAACUCAGUUGCAAGGGGAGGAGGAUUGAGAUUUGUGAUGUUCUGGGACCAAACUUGUUUACCUCCAAAACUGUGAUACAGUGGUGUGUAUACGUGUUUCUUUGCAUUCAGGUAUGUGUGUACAAAUAUGGACGUGCAAGUGUAUGUUCUUUGUGUGAAAACUUUCUUUUCUGCAUGACUGUUUGCAGACAUCAUAUAUACCAUCGUUAGAUGUCAAAACUAAUUGGCAAAAAUCAUCUGCUGUGUACUAAACAAAACAAAAAUCUGUACAAAUAACACUGUGGCAUUUACAUAGUUAAGGUUAUUUAUCCUAAAAAUAAGAAGAAAUUCUGAUGUUUAUGCUUUUAAAUUAUUUAAUGGGAGGAUACAAGACCUUGAUAGUUGUCCAGUGAAGAGACCAAAAAAAAAUGUCUUGGCUGCCACUUUGUGUAGAUACUUCUGCACUGGAAUAUAUUGCACAAAUUCAAGACAUUUGCCUAAGUUUUAAGUGAUCCUUUGUUCAUGUUUGAAUGUACUUUCAAGUUUGCUGUAACUCUGGUGCAUUGUGAAUGAUUGUUUGGGGUUGGGAUGUGGUAAGAAUGUUUUGAGAAAUGGGGUUAGUAUGCAUAGGAACAGAUUUGUGAGCUGUGUGAUAUUUUAAAAAAAUCCUAUCUGUCCACAUAAAUGCUCCUGGAUGGUUCUUUUAUACAGACAAAAUGCUUAAAUAAAUAUUGCAAGUUUUCUGGCAAA